AUGGGCAAAAUAGAGGAACUCCCACCGUCGUACGACGAGGCCAUCUCACAAGCACCUACUGGCCAGCUGCCCCAGUACAACAACAGCCAACAGCAUCCUCCUCCUCCUCCUCCUCCUCCAAACAGACCAUCUUCUUAUUCUUCAAGCUCACACCAGAUACCCCAACAACAACAGCCUCAAGUGCGCCCUACAAACAGUGUCCCAUGGCAAUAUCCAAGAGGGUACUGGUGCUCCAAAUGUCACAACACUGGAAAGAAGUUGAAGAAUGGGAAAUCAUGUAAUAAAUGCUGGAAGAGAUUUGCUCCAAGAAAUGGUGCUACUACUGUUAAUACCAAUGUUGGUACCCAAUAUAGCUAUAGUUCAAACAGCUCAAAUUUUGGAGGAUUUGGGCUUCCAUUCUCCUCUGGCUCAACAAAUGUAGGUUUCACUCAUGGUCCUCAAAGUUAUUCAUAUCAAACAACAACAGUAAAUAAUAUGCCACCAAGAUUUGUUAAGCCUGGAGACCCUGCAAUAGGAGGGAUCAUGUGUGGGAACUGUAGAGGAUCAGGAUUGGUUAGAUUCUUUUUGGAUGAAGAUUUAUGUCCAGUCUGCCAUGGUGUUGGCCGUGUUUUCGUUUGA